UUCAAAUUUAGUUUUGGUGUUACUCUCGUCUUUUAGUGAGAAUGAAUCCCCUUUUUCUCCGACUAUGGGACGUACCGUAGGUCAGCUGAAGGUACCUAAAUUCGAUGAUUAUAUAUCAUGCAUGUGCUAUCAUUAGUUUUCCUUCCGACAAGAUUCAUGAGGGGCAUCUUUCUACAAACACCCUAUAUGAAAGUACAGUAAAAAGAAGUAAGAUCUAGUACAACUAUGAUGUUACAUUAGAUAAUUACGAGGAUGUAUGGUCGCAUGGAUCAUCCGUAUCCCUACCCGACGGAACAAGAUUCAUGGUCUCCCUGGGCAGUUCCCGGUGAAUUUGGAGAAGAAGAAAGCGAAUCUCCGGACCACUUGCUUUAUCCCGUCCUCGCUUUGCUGGUUAUAUCUUAUGAACAGACACGCAUGUUGUAAAUACGCGGGAGACUAUUUCCGAAAAGAACAUCUUGUAGUUAGGAGUUUGAGUUUCUUCACUCCGCAAAGGAAACCUGACUUACUUUGCUAAGAUCGUUUUCCGUUUAGCAAGGUCAGUCUAUUACUUACUGCAGAGAUUCUGCCUAGCCGGAUGCAUGGCCUCUAAGAUUCACAUAGCUUGUUGCAUGGCCUCUAAGAUUCACAUAGCCGGUUGCAUGGCCUCUAAGAUUCGCACGUCUCGAUGUAUUUUUUACUGAAGCAGGUCAUGGCUUGCUUUCCGACAAAGGACCAGCAGGGGCCCAUCUACGCGAGCACUGUCCUAGAUGCAGAGCGGAAAGAUCAGUGAUUGGGCUGCAACGCAGCCGGAUCCGAGAAACGCUGAAUCGAAGGUUACGCGCGAUAGUACACACUAAGCAUGGAAAGCUCACCUUCUUCUUUCGCACGCGCCUACAAGAAUUAACGCAUGCUGCAGUAGUCUAGCGUCUACAGGCACGGCAGGAAGAGAAAACAGGCUGAUUUUCAAUCCGGGAUGGGAAAUGUGCAGGGGCACGAUCGCUAGCAUCCGCAGUGCUGACCCACGAGCGGUGGAGGCCCUGGUCAGAAAGCGCUAGAUUUGCGAUCUUCGUGACAGAAGUCCACUUUUGCGGUACCAGCAGCGGGGCGCACACGCAGGGCUUUAUCUGUUCCCAGAUUGGUGCCUUAUCGUACGGAGAUCUUCAACUUCAAGUGCAACUACUGGCUCAAGUCGUAGUUGGAAUUGUCAGUCUACUUUGCAAAGCUGUGACUUCUUUCUUCUACUUUCUGGAAAGCUGGUGAGGAGGACGGAGGAUGGGCAACCAGUUUUUUUGUCCUACGGAUCAGCUUCCGUACGAGGAGCAAAGUUUCGCAUCAAAGUUCGAGGUGGACGAGUCAGCGGCAAUAGGUAGUGGCAAAUUCUCGCAAGUUUACCUUUGCUGGGACAAGAAAAGGCCUGACAAGAGGUAUGCCGUGAAAGAAAUCAAUAUCAAAAUCCUCGGGAACGAGUACAAUGCCUCAGUGAAUAGAAUAUACGAGGAAAUCCGAAUCAUGCAGCACUUGGGAACACAUCCUGGGCUAGUGCAGCUGAUAGACUUCGACGAUAGCUCGUCCACUUCCACGAUACGUGUUGUGCUCGAAUUAUGCGAGGGUGGCGAAUUGUAAGGCUCUGCUUAUUGGAAGUUCUAGUCUGCGUACUGUCGUGUCUAAUAUGCAUGAGCUUUCCUUGAAUGUAAUGUCAGAGACAUUUGCGGUAAAGAUCUCAUCGUCAUCACUCACGUUCCUAGUGCUUAAGUACGUUCUCCUUUCAAGAAUUACUUUCGCAACAGAUACGACCGAAUCCAGCAGCGAGUCUUUUACCCCGAGCAGGAGGCCAUACAGUUGAUAACAAAUCUCCUAGAAGCAGUCGCCUAUAUCCAUUCAAAGGGCAUCAUGCACAGAGAUUUGAAGCCGGAAAAUAUACUGUUAGUGUCCAAAUCUUCGCAUACAGACAUAAAGAUUUCGGACUUCGGACUAGCGAAAAUGAGUACUUACUAACAACACGGUGGCUUCUACAUAGCUGUUUUGUUUACAUUGGAAGCAGCAAUGGCAACGCCAAUGUGAAGAUUCUACAAUGACUACCUUGAAUGCCUCCCAUAAUAGGGGUAGCAAGCCGACCUCUGUCAGCCAUACAAUAAGAAUCUUUCCUUAUUCAGUGGAAUGCUGUCGCCAUUUUUGUAAUUUUCCUGUAGGUCGCGACUUUCCCCGGAAGCUGCCGAGAUCAAACAGCAUAUGUGGGAGUGACUUUUACCUCGCGCCUGAAGUCAUUCGGCAGGAGGAAUACGGCCGAGAAAUAGACGUUUGGAGUGUCGGCAUUGUCGCCUACGUUUUACUCUCUGGCUCCUUGCCGUUCUUCCACAGCGUGCUGCACAAACUGUAAUGAAUAUGGAAAAUACUUUACGGAUAAGAAAAAACUACUUACGAUGGGAUCAUCACUGUGUAAAAGUAUAGAGUUCUUUUGUUCUCACACUCGAUGUGUCUUGCACCUUUAGACAGAUAGAGGUAAGAUAUGUGUCCUGGUUUCAUCUACACUUUCAAUGAUUAACACUACGACAGGUAUCGGCAAAUAGUAGAGCGUGAUAUCAGUUUCCCGGACUCAACGUGGUCAAAUGUUUCCAAGGGAGCACAGGACUUUAUUCUCCGCCUGUUGCAGGUUCGACCUGGAGAUCGAAUGACAGCAGAAACCGCCCUAAAUCACCCGUGGCUUCGACGCGUGGCACAAAGUUUUUGCCAUGCUUCGCAGCAACAGCGCAUCGGGAUCUUCCACAGUAUUAGUUACUUCUGAUUAAGUGAAUAACUUGUUGGAAAUGCAUGUGUAUGAGUAAGUACUCUCAAAACCAAGAUGCAUCACACCCAUACUACUGAAUGUAAGGCACGCGCGCUCUGAAUUUCUCGCCUGUGUGUUUUCUUUCUCAGGUAUGUGAGGCCCUUCGGAAGCGUUCAACGAGUUCCUUGCGUUUUCCUUUCCAGGAGCGCUUCGUUGGCGCCGCUCGGAUCCUGUGGCUGAUACCCAGCGAAGAGAAAGACAUCAUUCAACGUCAUACUCGCGCACAUCCCCAUCGAAUUGCUCUUAACACUGGCAUCUCCUCCUAGUUUUACUUCUCCUUUUUUCGGGCAAGCGCUCUAGAACCUGCUAUGACGCCACAACACUAUUUUCAUGAUCAUGGUAAGGCACCAUCCACAAGCUUCUUGGGCUUGAGCGCGAAGCCAAUCAAUUUCGG